AUGAGGUCAAUAUCCACCCAGGAUACUCGGGCCAGUCAGCGGAAAUGGGUCUUCAGAGGUUUGCUGGUGCUGGUUCUGGUCACGUCACUGGAUGGACUGAAGAAAGCCAAGAAGACCAAACCGAAGCCAGCCCAAGGCUCCGGACCAGUCAAGGUCAUCGGACGGAGCGUAAUAACUGUAGGGUUGGUUUUGGAUCCUAACAUGAAGAGCUUCUUCCCUGUCCUUCCUAUAGCCAACAGGUCUCUCUCUCCGUGGACAUACAUAGACACGUACGAUGAGAACCGGGUCCCUCAGCGUAUCUCUCAGGCUCAGUGCCGGAUGUCUGGCUGUCUGACCCCAGAAGGAGGUGAGGACAUGGGGUGGGAGUCCAAACCGAUCGUCCAUCAGACCCUGGUGCUCCGCAGGGUCCAGGGAAAGCAGGGUAGCAGCAAGAAGAGGACGAGGAAGGGGAAGGGGAAGAAGGGAUAUUUCUUCAGACUGGAGAGUGAGAUUAUAAAAGUGGGCUGUACCUGUGUGAUACCCAGCAUUCUUCCUCAGAAGUAGACGAGCAAGAGAACAGCAAUUCAGGAAAUGAAUUCAAAUUCAAAUUCACAAAUGGAACAUUCUACAUGGAAAAUAGAACUUUCUGAUUCGUGAAUACAUUUCCUGAAUUGAAAUGGAAUGGGAUCCCCAACUCUAGUAGUGAGGAAGGCUUCCAUCUGUGGAGUGUAGCAUGGCUGCAAAGUAGAUGUCUUAGAAGUGAAUGAGGACGUUGAUGUCUUUGUCCGGGCUUUGAUGUUGACCCGUGGAAAUUGACAAAGUGAUGUAUCACUGACCUCUGACCUUUAGUCUACCUGGAAACAUCUGAGGUCAACAGCAGGGUUCACAUUCUGUUCAUACAUUCCCUACUGCAUUUUAUUUUAAUUAAAUUAAUUGUUAAAUGACCUGUUUAUUUACA